CAUAUAUUCUCAAAAAAAAAAAAUACACUUCUAUGGAAUCAUUUCACUACCCAAUUCGACUCAUGUCUUCUUCCUCUUUCUUCUUCAUCAUUCUCUCUCUGGUUUUCCUCUUUGAAUGCUCGAACAGUCAGAUACCUCUCGGUUCGAAACUCUCAGCCGGUGAGAACCAACCGUGGGUCUCCGAGGACCGAACCUUUGCGUUUGGAUUCGCCCCAGCAGAUUCAAGUGAUCAACUUCUGUUGGCGAUUUGGUAUGCUGAACUCCCGGGAAAUGCGACUAUUGUUUGGUCCCCUAACAGAGACUCUCCUGUCACCAGCAAUGCUGUAGUGAAACUGGAGCAGUCUGGAAACCUCGCCCUCUACGAUCGAGGCAAUCUCAUUUGGGCUUCCAACACGACAGGCUUAGACGUUGGUUCUGCGAUCAUGUCAGAUUCCGGAAGCUUCAUCCUCUACAAUGGCACUGGUUCAAACCGUAAUAUUGCGUGGCAGAGCUUCUGGCUUCCAGGUGACACUCUUCUCCCUGGCCAAAACCUUUCAGCAUCCCUCGAACUCACUUCAAACAGAUCACGAUUCGGCUACUAUUCUCUCAAAAUGCUUCAGCAGCACAUGUCUCUCAGUCUUGCUUUGACUUUUGUUACCUUCGAUUCUCAAACUAACUACUCCUACUGGUCGAGCCCACAAAUCUCGAAUGCCACAGGCAAUAUCGUCGCAGUUUUAGAUGCUUCCGGAAGUUUCAGCAUCAUGUACGGUGAUUCCUCUGCAGGCACAGUGUACAUUCACAAGAAUGACACAGCACCGAACCCAUCAAUUCUCCGAAGGAUCAAAGUUGAUACCGAUGGAAACCUAAGACUAUAUCAAUGGAACACGAUUACUUUGCAAUGGGAUGUUCAGUGGUCUGCAGUGUCGAAUCCCUGCGAGGUUGCAGGGAUUUGUGGAAAUGGGAUCUGUCAGUUGAAUGGAAGUGGAAUUGAUGCUUCUUGUACUAGUUUAAAACCAGUGAAUUCAGGAAGUUGCGGAGGAAAUCUGAGGAUGGAGACAAUGCCACAGACUGACUAUUAUUUCCUUGGGCGAACAACGAUUGCAAAUUACAGUAAUGUUACAACUGCGGAUGAGUGUUCAAGCUACUGCUUAUCCCACUGUGGUUGUGUUGCAGCAGUUUAUGGUUCGAUGGAGGAUGAUACUUAUUGCUGGACUUUGAGCAGUGUGGUCUUCGGAGGGCUCCAAGAUCCUAGCUCAACAUUCUUCGUUAAAGUUGAUGGGAGUUCAGGCCCAGGAUCUGUCGAUGGAAGGAGAAAUGCAGAUGGACACGGUGGACGAUCUGCUCUUCUUCCGUUGCUUCUUUGCGUCUCUGCUCUUGUGUUGUUGUUAGGGAUGUUGGUUUGUUAUCUCGUUAGAAAGAGGAGAAUUAAGGAAAAGAGGGGCAUUGGGAGAGCUCUAAGCUUACCAGGAGCUCCAGUAUAUUUCAGCUACCAUGAUCUGCAGACUGCAACAGCGAAUUUCUCUCAGCUGCUUGGAACUGGAGGAUUUGGAAGCGUUUACAAAGGAACUCUCAAGGAUGGAACCUCAAUUGCGGUCAAGAAGCUCGAACGAUUUCUACCUCAUGGUGAAAGGGAAUUCGUCACAGAAGUUUCUACCAUCGGCUCAAUGCACCAUAUGAACUUAGUCACUCUCUGCGGAUUCUGCUCAGAACGAACUCAUCGGCUUCUGGUUUACGAGUACAUGAGCAAUGGCUCAUUAGACAAAUGGAUAUUUCCUUCUGAUAAUAGCCGACAUAGUGAUAAACUGCUAGACUGGCCAACUCGCUUUCAGAUUGCCAUUGCUAUAGCUCAAGGAAUUGCGUAUUUCCACGAGCAAUGCAAGAACAGGAUCAUUCACUGUGAUAUAAAGCCAGAGAACAUUUUGAUCGACGAGGAUUUUUGCCCUAAGGUGUCGGAUUUUGGGCUGGCAAAAUUGAUGAGCAGAGAGCAUUCUCAUGUGGUUACUAUGGUUCGAGGAACCAGAGGUUAUUUGGCUCCAGAAUGGGUGAGCAAUAGGCCGAUUACAGUUAAGGCUGAUGUUUACAGUUAUGGGAUGCUGUUGCUUGAGAUUGUUGGUGGUCGUAGGAAUCUUGAUAUUUCGUUGGAUUCUGCUGAGUUCUUCUACCCUGGUUGGGCUUAUAAGGAAUUGACGAGUGAGAACCCGAUGAGAGUUGCGGACAGAAGGCUAAAGGGCAAGGUGGAAGAAGAUGAGCUAGUACGAGCUCUGAGUACAGCGUUUUGGUGCAUACAGGAAGAAGCAUGGGUGAGACCUUCGAUGGGUGAAGUCGUCAGAAUGUUGGAAGGAUCGGUGGAUAUCAAUACGCCACCAAUGCCUCAAACUGUGGUCGAGCUGGUUGAAGAAGGGGCGGAUAGUGUUUAUAUGGCCAUGAAGAGAGAGUACUCAUACACAGUCAACUCGUCGUAUGUUCUUUAUAGCCAGCGAUCGUCGUCGCUGGCGACGUGCAGCACCUCUUCCAUGUCGCCACGGUAGUGAUCGAAGCUUGGUUGAAUCUGCUGGCAGAAUUCAAAUCAAUUAGUUGGUACAGAAAAAAGUAAAUUGGGAUACAGAAAACUUUACAUGGUAUCAGGUGCUCUUUGAACACGAACACAGUGCUCUAUAGAGAAGAGAGGCAUGUGGACAUAAACAGGGGAUAGUUUAGCAUUAUUGUAGUGUUCAGGAAGCACAAGAUACUUCUUCGAGGCAAUGAGGAUUAAAUGUAGCAAGUUUAGAGUAUGUGGUUAAACUUAAUCAUCGUUGGGGAAGACUUAAAAUCUCAAUUAAUUCUUGGACUUAAGAGAUAUUUGUGUAUGUUGAUAAUAGUGUAUUGUAGUGGGUUUUAGUCCCACAUUGCUUGGGAGAACAAACCUCACACUCCUCUACUUGUAU